AUGAACUCCAACCUCUCCUACAAAACUGCCAUUUUUUGUGUCGACCAGGAUCCUCCGAUCUAUGUUCUGUCGGUUUAGGUCAGAUGAUGUAACAAAGAACAGUCGUAGUGACUCGGGAAGAAGAAAGGAGAAGAAUUUCCAUGGCGGUUGCUUCUGUAUCUUCAAUCCUUUUGCCCUCUCUCGUAAUCCCAGCUUCUUCUGCUUCUAAUUCUCGACUAAAGGUCUCUUCGCUCUCCCUGUUUCCGUCUUCCAUCCGUAGCGGCUUCAGUUCCUGCGCCCUUAAACCCUCGUCUUCCUCCUCAAGGGUCUUCGCUGCCCCUGAAACCCUAGAUCCAGCUCCUGAAGUCCUCGAGGGAUCUGGUUCCGAGGAAUCCGAGGUUCGGACCGCUUCUUCGGUCAUUGCAGAGGUGGAUAAGCAGAUGGCGCCAAAGCAAAAGAUUAGGAUAAAGCUUAGAUCCUACUGGGUGCCUCUUAUUGAGGACUCGUGCAAGCAGAUACUUGAGGCAGCAAGAAAUACCAACGCAAAGACGAUGGGCCCAGUGCCAUUACCGACCAAGAAACGUAUCUACUGUGUUCUCAAGUCCCCGCAUGUUCACAAGGACGCAAGGUUCCAUUUUGAAAUCAGGACCCACCAACGGUUGAUUGAUAUUCUAUACCCGACUGCCCAAACAAUCGAUUCCUUGAUGCAACUUGAUCUUCCUGCCGGUGUAGAUGUUGAGGUGAAGCUCUGAAAACUCGGUUGCGGUGACUCAGGUCAGGAAAUCUCUUUACUUAGAUUCUUAAUGGCAAUACAGUCUUGCUAUUUCUUCACCGAGCAUGUAAACUCUGUUAUCUCUGAUCGAGUUUUAUUUGUCUGUGGUAACAUCCGGCCGUUCUUGAUCUUCAGGCUUUUUCCACAUUCAGCUGUGAGCUAUAUAACAAAGUGAUGUUAUUGCUGUCAUGGAUCUUCUUACUGAACAUUCUUUUUCCUUUA